ACACACACUCACUUCACUGUGUGUAAAUGUAAGUAACUCUGUGUGACUGUGUCUAUAGUUCUUUACUUCUUUUAUCACUGUGUGUAAAAAAGUGUGUGUGUGUGUGUAGUGUGGGGCUUGAGGGGUUGCCCUCACCACGAGACAAUCCAUAUUCCAUUUAUUAUUCUCCCGCCUUGCCUCUUUUGUCUUGAAAAUAUAUACACACAGAUAGAUAGGGUCUUUGUGUGUGUGUUCUUGUGGGGUUGGUCUAGAUGGGUAAAGAUGGGGUGAAUUUAGAGAAAGAAGGUGAGGGGGUUGUGAUGGAUACUCCUGAGAGGAAGCAAUUCACUUCUCCUGUCUCUAAAAUUGAGGACUCACCUGUCUUUAACUACCUCAACAGCCUUUCUCCUAUCAAGCCAUUUAAGUCUAUCCAUAUUACUCAGACGUUCAACUCGCUUACUUUCUCAUCUCCUCCAUCUGUUUUUACAUCGCCUCAUGUCAGUUCUCAGAGGGAUUCUAGAUUUUUAAGGAGGCAUCAGUUCUCUGAUCCAUCAAAACCCGAUUUCUCUGGUAAUAGUGAAGAAAAAGUUGCUAAAAAUGAAGAAGCUACUGAAAAUGCUCAUAAUAGUGCGCAACAACAACAUUUUAAUCAAGGGAGCUUAGCUAGCGAAUCAUCCGCUGAGCCACUCUACGAUACAAGUGUUGUGGUGGAGCUUCCACAAAACUUAAAUGGUGAAUGUGUUAGCCCUGAUUGUGAUGGAACCUCUAAUUGUGGCAUGGGCAUCAGAUGUGUAUCAGAAUUGGGUGGCUCUUCUACAGAAGUCAUUCCAUAUGCUGAAAUUGGCUCAGGAAAAGAAAAUAUUGAGAGAGAAAUACAUCUAGAGGGGCCCAGCCAUAUCGAUGCAAAUAAAGAAGCUGCAGGAUGUGAUUGGGAUAACUUGUUUUCUGAUGAAGGUGACCUAUUACUGUUUGAUACACCUAAUGAUUCAAAGUCAUUAGUCGAUCCUGGUCAGAGAUCAUUAUUACCUGGAAUGAGUUUCUGUACCUCUCUGACUGAUAACAUGCAAAUUUCUGAAGCUGUGAAUGCUGUUGGUCUUGGCCCUGAUAACCAUUCUUCUCUCCUCGAAUGCGGUCAAAAUAUAAAAGCAGUUAUUGAUCAAGACAUCCCUGCUUCAGGAAGCCAGUCUGUAGCUGGUGACACAAGUGAGAAAGUGGACAAUGAGAUUGCAUCUAAUCUUCAACGUGGUAUGAGAAGACGCUGUCUGGUAUUUGAGAUGGUGGGUUCUCGCAGGAAGCGUUUAGAUGACGGUUCUAGUACUUCUGUGUUAUUGCAAUGUCACGAGAAUCCUGCUUCCAGUGACAAAUGUGUAGUUCCUCUACAGCCUGUAUCUAAUAUCCCAAGACGCAGACUACCAGGAAUUGGCUUGCACUUGAAUACUCUUGCGGCAACAUCAGUGGACCACAAAGUUGUGAAACAUGAAGCAUUGGUCCCUGGAGGACAACCAAUAAGUGUGUCUGGCUCGGCUGCUUAUAUCAAUUCGUCGAACAGUCAACAAAUUUUAGACAGUGCUUUGGUUAUGUACUCUUCUGAUAGAGACAUGUGUCCUAUUGGAGAUGGAACACCAAUGGCAGAAGAUGCUGCUCAAGGAUCAGGAUACAUGGUCAAUGAAAGUUUAAAUCACAAUAGCCCUAAAAAGAAGAGGCGUAAAUCGGACAGCGAUGGAGAAAGUGAUGCUUGUAAGCGUUGUAACUGUAAGAAAUCGAAGUGUUUAAAGCUUUACUGUGAAUGCUUCGCUGCUGGUGUCUACUGUGUGGAACCAUGUUCAUGCCAAGAAUGCUUCAACAAACCUAUAUAUGAAGAUACUGUCCUUGCAACACGAAAGCAGAUUGAAUCCCGGAAUCCGCUUGCUUUUGCUCCCAAAGUGAUCAGAAACUCUGAUUCUAUCAUUGAAAUUGGGGAGGAAACCAGCAAGACUCCUGCUUCAGCUAGGCAUAAAAGAGGAUGCAACUGCAAGAAAUCUGGUUGCCUAAAGAAAUAUUGUGAAUGCUAUCAGGGUGGUGUUGGAUGUUCCAUCAAUUGCAGAUGUGAAGGUUGCAAGAAUGCAUUUGGUAGAAAGGAUGGAACUGAAGUUGAACUAGGAGAAGAAGAAGAAGCCGAACACGAAAAUAACGCUGUCAAUAGAAGCUUACAGAUAAGUACAAUCCAGAAUGAUGCAGAGCAGAAUCCAAGUUUUGCAAUUCCUGCAACACCUUCACAGUUUGGCAGCCAAUCAAUUCAGCCCAUUUCCUCAAAGAGCAAGAGGCCACCGCGAUCUUCAUUUCUUUCCAUUGGAGGAUCUUCCUCUGCAAUAUAUGGUACCCCAGCAUUUGGAAAGCUGAAUCCUCUUCGCCCUUUAAGCAAGAUUCAAAAUGACCAGAAAGAUGAAAUACCAGAAAUACUCCAAAAAAAUGCUUCUCCAAACAGCAGGGUUAAGUUGUCUUCUCCAAACAGUAAGAGAGUUUCUCCACCUCACGGCAACAUUGGACAAUCCCAAGGACAAAGAAGCAGCCGUAAGUUGAUACUGCAAUCUAUUCCCUCAUUUCCUGCACUCCCCUAAACACUGAAAAUGUAGUUUUGUUCCAUGAACUUGAGAUGGAGUUUUGUUCUUUAAAACUUCUUUGUAGUUAUUGCUAUUUCUGUUUGUUCUUUGUCCAAAAUGUUAGCUAUGUCGUCAAAGGUAUGCAAUUCAAGCUUACUUAUGUGGAUGUAUAAUAAUAGUAAUCAAGAAAAUCUUUGUUUAUCAGUUA